AUGACUAGAAUAAACCGUUCAAUAUUUUUUAUUUCAUUUUUAAUACCAUUUUCAUAUUCAAUACCUGAAUCUGGUAUUUGUCCGCCAGUAUUAGAUCUAGCUAUACUUUUUGAUUCAUCUGGUGGAACUCCCAAUGUUUUUGAACAACAGAAAAAUUGGACAAUUGGUAUUGUUAGAGAGCUUCCUGUUCAUCAAGAUGCUGUUAGAAUCACACUUCUACAAUAUGCAGAAGAAGUUAAAACCGAGUUCAAUUUGUCGAGGUUUUCUGAGAGGAAUGAUAUGAUCAAGUAUUUUGAUGAAAUUUCGUUGUUGAGAGGGAAUACAAAAUCUGGUGGAGCAUUACUGCAAGCAGAAACAGAGCUGUUUGAUUUAGAAAAUGGAGCAAGGUGGGUGGUUUGGACUAACUCGCACUAACUUAUCAUAUCUCACAAAAACAUCAUGCUCUUCAUACUUUUCCUAUCUUCUAGACUGAAUGCCAAUCGCAUCGUGAUCAUUUUCACCGAUGGACUUUCAAUGGAUAAUCCAACAAAACCAGCAAAAAUCUUGCGUCGUCGAGGUGUCAAAAUUAUUGCAAUCAGUGUGAAUAGUAUUGGAUUUGUUCCCGAAAUGCUCGGAAUUGUUGGUGAUUCUGAUAAUAUUUAUGGGUAUAUGAUUUUUCAUUUUUUUUUCUCAUUCUUUCUCAACUUUUUUAUAGACCAAAUGAUGAGGAUCGAUUGAAAGAGAGACUAUUGAAUGAGGUGGAAAAGUCAAGAUCUUGUGAAGUUCAACCAAAAAAACUGACAAAAACUACAAGCAGUUUCACAACGACUAAAGCAACUGAAGCUCCAGUUAUUUUUGAACCAGCACAUGUUGACAAUGUUGAAGUUGAAGAUGAUGACGAAGAUGAUGAGAAUCAUAUUGAUUCAAUCAAUGAUAUCAUUCCAACAGAGUCAACUGAGGGAACAAAAUCUACAACAACAACAGAGACUCUUUCAACAAUAACUUCAAGUUCUUUGCUUGGUAGUAGAAUUAUUGCCAAGAAUAACACAGUGGCUGAUGAGUUAGAUAAACUUGGAAAUGAAACAGCGAAACUUCUCAAAGAAAUUGAAGACGAGAAAAAUGGCUUGGCUAAGCUUAUUGAAUCUACUUCAACAUUGAAAACUACUUCUACAAAUGCUCCAUCUACGACCAGAUUUUCAACACUCCCUACAGUUUUGUCUUCUACAACCUUAUCGUCUGCAAAACAAAUUACAAAUACCAAAAUUGAAAAACUUUCUAGUACUCGAUCAUUUUUCAAUACAAGAGUUACAUUCCGCCCAGUCACUACAUCAACAAAAACUUCAUCUACUCAAGGUUUAACAACAGUCAUUCCCUCUACGGAAAAAUCUACUAAAGUGACAACAAAUUCACUUCCUACCCUCAAAACUGUCUCAUAUACUCCAACAGCAACACCAAAGAAACUCACUACAACAGUUCAAACAACAUCUUCAGUGCCACCUACACUUCGAACAUCUUUACAAACCACUUCAACACCAAAACCCACUCAAUCAACAACAGAAUCAACAUCUCGAAAAUGGACACCAACUGGAGUUUUCAGAAGAACACUCCCUUCUGUAACAGCUUUCCCAACAUUGCUAGCAAUGGAAAAAUCAGUGACACUUCCAAUAAAUAAGAAUAUUGUAGAUGAGACAAAAUCACAACAGAAGAAAAAGAUUCGAAGAAUUAUAAAGAGAAGAAGAAAUAUUCCAUCGAAUUUGGAACAUGAUAAAAUAACAGACAGUGUUAUUGAAAUUAUUCCAACGACACCGACGUCACCUGCUAAGUUUUCAAGAAAUACUUUUCAACCUGAGAUUACAGAAGAAGAGGAAAUCGGUGAGUAUUUUGAAAUUCAAAAUUCCUGAAAUUGUCUGCUAAAAAUUUAUUUUCAGUUCAACCUGGUGUUCAAUGUCCAAUGGAUAUUCUAUUCGUUGUUGAUAGCUCUGGUUCGAUCGCUCAAACCUAUGACACACAAAAAGAUUUCCUAACAAGCCUUAUAAAACGCGUUGAACCAUCUCGAAGCCAUCGUGUUGGUCUCAUUCAAUUUGCUGGUCCACAUUUGCAGAAAAUGGAAUGGUCUUUUGAUACACAUUCAAAGAAUUCACAGCUUCUUUCUGCUAUUCGAAGUGUCCGACAUUUAACAGGAACCACAUAUAUUGGAGCUGCUUUGGAACUUUCUUUGAUAUUACUUGAUUCGAGAAGAAAACAUACUGAUACAACGGUUAUAUUAGUUAGUGAUGGAUUUUCUCAAGAUGAUUCUACACAACAAGCAAAACUUCUUCGCCAACUUCCAAAUGUUAAAAUGUAUGCAAUUUCUAUGAACACCUUGACAAACACGUGAGUUUUCAUUGGAAAAUUUGAACCGUAUCGAUGUUCUUUUUUAUUUUUCAGCAAACAAUUGACGGAUAUUGUUGGUGAUCGAAAAAAUGUUUUUAUCAAUGAAGAAAGCAAAUGGUUUGAAGAAUUUUUCACAAAAAAAUUGAAAUGUGUUCCAACAAAUAGAUGA